AGCCCCUCCACAAAAUCCACUGACAAACGCUCGGCGAAUCCCAAGAGCGAACUCAGAUCAUCCUACGACCAGACGCGACCACACAGGACAAGAUGCUGCUGCUUAAUCCGGCGUCCGAGGCGGCGGCGGCGGCGGCGGCGCUGGACAGCAUCCGGCAGCAGCUCCUGGAGGAGCCGGCGCGGCCGGCCUACUGCCGGAGCGCGAGCUUCGGCAGCCUGGUGGCGGACCAGUGGAGCGGGUCGCUCCCGUUCCGGCCCAACGACGCCGACGACAUGGUCGUCUACGGCGCCCUCCGCGACGCCUUUUCCUGCGGCUGGCUCCCCGACGGCUCCUUCGCGGCCGUCAAGCCCGAGCCCAUGCCCUCCCCCGCCUCCUACGACGGCUCCUGCCUCGGCAGCUUCCUCGCGCCGCCGGCGCCCGGGCCGGACGCGCCGUGGGCGGAGGAGGAGGCCGAGGUCGCGGCGGCGGCGUCGAGGGGGAAGCACUUCCGAGGCGUGAGGCAGCGGCCGUGGGGCAAGUUCGCGGCGGAGAUCCGGGACCCGGCCAAGAACGGCGCGCGCGUGUGGCUCGGCACCUUCGACAGCGCCGAGGACGCCGCGGUGGCCUACGACCGCGCCGCCUACCGCAUGCGCGGCUCCCGCGCGCUCCUCAACUUCCCGCUCCGCAUCGGCUCCGAGAUCGCCGCCGCCGCCGCAGCCGCGGGCCAGAAGCGUCCGUCUCCCCAGCCGGCGAGCCCCGACUCUUCAUCUCCCUCCUGCAGCGCGCCCGGGUCGUCGAAGAGGAGAAAGAGAGGCGAGGCCGCGGCAGCGUCCAUGGCCAUGGCUCUGGUGCCGCCCCCGCCGGUGCAGGCUCCCGUCCAGCUGACCCUCCCAGCCCAGCCGUGGCUCGCCACCGGCGCCGUCCAGCAGCUGGUGAGCUGAAGCGGCGAAGCGACAAGUGAUCGUUCUCACUUCUCACGAGUGAUUAGUUGCUUGAUGUGUUGAGCGACGUGAGGAACAGAGCAUCAAGAUGAGAUGAAUGGCGCGUAAUGCGUGGCUCGAAGAAACCUUGAUCAGCUGGAGGCGAUUACGCCGCCAUGCCGUUGUGAAAUUUGUGUGGUUCCGUGUGAAACCUGUCGCUAGGGUUAGUGGCGUUGGCACAGUAGCAAGUGGGUGCAGUGGAGUUCUGGAAGCCGGUUUGUAAGAGGCGGUGAGGGUGCAGGUGCAAAACUUGCACAGACCUUCUCUUCUCCAAUGGAGAAUCUUCUUUGUUCAACCGUUGUUUGGUACUAGUAUCAGUGAGUGAUUCCUUUCAAAUUUGCAGGUUUCCCACUGAAAUGAUAGUUUUAAUAAUACAACAUGGGCGUGCAUCACAGUUGUUUAGUGAGGAAUACAUCGAGAAAGGAUGAAA